ACUUCAGGAGGACCCUCAGAGCGCUCACCAGUUCUCUCUGAGACAGUGCUAUCCUGACUAAGGAGGGAAGGUCCCCGGAACCAGGGGUCCAAAACCCCAAAGCCACUCAGUCUUGCUUGGGUUGAGCUGAAGCCUGUUGUGCCCCAUCCGGCUUUGACACCAAGGCGGAGGAGCUUUCCAGAACCCCCCCAGCUGGCUUAGCAUAAAUCCCUCCCCGCCUGAUUGAGAAUCAGAAGGAUUCCUAAGGAGACAUCAUCACGGUAAAAGCACUUUAACUGCAAGAGUUAAACAUGGAAAAAUGCAUGUGCCUUUAGGGACUUUAUUCUUUCAGAAAAGACAGCCAAAGGCAAACGGGGGAAAAGGCCUGGAGAUUCCAGAGAAGUUUUUUUUAACUCGUGGACAGAUUUUUUGCAGGGGAGGGGAGGCAGAAUACCUUUGUGGCCACAACAACAGCAACAAAGUAGGCCAUGAUUCUGCUGGUGACAGCAACCUCCUGGGCUUGAUUUUACAGCAAGAGCCUCACUGGAUUCUGGAUCACCUGGGCAUCUCCACGGAGCUUCCUUGGUGGCUGCUGCAGCGCAGAACAGACUCGCCUCUGUUCUCCCUGGGGCGCUCCUUCCCCAUCCCCAAGCCUGUGGGUGUCUUGGUGGCCUGAUCUUGCUUCGUUUUUCAAGAUCAAGUAGGGCUAACUUAGUGGUCAGUCCCCAGCAAGCGAAGCCAUGAACCUGAGGCUCCUGCUGGACAGACAAGAAGGAGAUUUCCCCAGCUGCAGGCUGCAUCUUGAUGGACACUGGGCGACUCCAGCCUGGAGGGAUCAAGGAUUGAACCAAAUCUAAGCACUGCACAGGAGGUGGCAUGAAACAGAAGCCUCAGAUCUGCUGGUCACAAGCCACAAGUCAAGCUUAGUUUUUUCCUUGUUUCACAGCCUCUCUUAUGCACCACCCCUCCCCCGUGUACUCCUACCCUUGAGAGCAAUAGUUGGCCCCACUGACUCAGUGAAGGAUACGCGAAGUGUUCCCAGCAGCCCAAGAGCCGAAUGACUUAAUCAACAAUGACUUCUUGUUCUGAAUCCUAGAUCUUUUGCAAUUUCUCAUCAGUUUAGCUACUUUUGAAAAACGGCUUUCAUGAGCUGUUGGCAGGAGAGGGAAAUGCGCUUGCCUCUAUCUUCCUCUUGAGGUGACAACCACACUGGGUGAAUAAAGUGGGCCUGUCCCUUCCUGCCCCCUCCGAUCCUCUCAGGAAAGGCUUUGUGCAUUCUUGGCUGACUAGUUGGCGUAUGACAGGGAAACUUGCUUUUUCCUCAGGUGGUGGGUUGGCCCUGGGGAGUUCCAGGAUUCCCAGCCAGGUGGGGAGAGCUCGUAGUCUCAGCCCUCUGGCACUCCUGUCCCAAGCACGGUGCAGGGCUUCUCUUUCCAGCACGUGGUUUUUCAGAGAAUGAGCAUGUGUAUGGGUGUAUGUGCGCACACCCGUGGCACUUCAUUGAUCUCGAGAGGAGAAGGCAAAGCACGAGAAGGGGCAAAGUCUGGUAAAAGUUGUAUUUCAAAUGAAUAUCCUGUUGGAAUUGUUUUGACUCAGAGAAAAGCUGCUGUGAUCACCAAUCUCUGCUCUCAGAAAUGAAUUGCUGCUUUCUUUCAUUUCUGUUCUCUGGAAUAUUUGGUGCUUCAGAAGGAAGUUCUCUGGGCUUGUGCUGCCUUCACCCUCUGCCUGAUUUUUCGGUUUUCGUGACAUUCCUCUGAGAACACACAGAGUGCCCUCUGUGUGUACCUGUGAUGCAACGGCCUCCGGAAGCUUUGGCCUCUUCUGACGAGCCACUUCCAUUUCAUUCGCUCCAGGUGUAAUUGCUUCAUUUCCGGCAGAAUGAAUCAGCCUGGGGCUGAUUCACGGGCUUCUGGCCAGGACUGUUGGGCUCAGCGCUGCCUGGAACCGGGAGCUGUGCCCGGCUGACUCACGCCCAGCUGGAGGGCAGACGUGCCCAAGGCUCCACUGCUACUGCCUCUUUGGCCCGUAAUAGUACAGUGGUUAAUUGGCCCCUCUCGGCUCCUGGAUGGAACCCCUCAGAAAGAUCCCGAAGGCUGAACAAGGGCAGCACAGGGCUGACUUCUGAAACCAAGAUGUUUCUUUAUUCAAGAACAAGCCCUGGAAGAAGCUGAAGAGCAUGGUGCACUGGUCACCGUGUGUCGUCUCCUUCCGGAAGCGCUGCCCCUGGGUUCAGCUCACUGGCCACGCAGGCAACUUCAAGGCUGGGGAUUUGGGGCACGUCCUGAAGAAAUAUUGCUCCAAUGAGCAGCAGUGUCUGGAGCGCCUGGGAGGCGAUGCGUUGCAGCCCUAUGUCCCGGCAUACUAUGGGAUGGUGCAGCAUGAGGGGGAGUGCUACAUCCAGAUGGAGGAUUUGCUGUCUGGCUUUGACAACCCUUCCGUCCUGGACUGCAAAAUGGGCGCCCGAACGUACCUGGAGGAGGAGCUGCAGAAGGCAAGGCAGCAGCCCCACCUGCGCCGUGACAUGUAUGACAAGAUGGUGGCUGUGGACCCGUGCGCUCCCACGCCAGAGGAGCAUGCCCAGCGUGGUGUCCUGAAGCCUCGCUACAUGCAAUGGAGGGAGUCACUCAGCUCGACCAGCACGCUCGGCUUUCGCAUCGAGGGGAUCAAGAGAGCCAGUGGCACCUGCAGCACCAGCUUUAAGAAGACCCGGCAACCUGAGCAAGUGGUGGAGGCCUUCUGGGACUUCUUGGACAGGGACAGACACCUUCUGAUGAGUUACCUGGGCCAGCUGCAGGAGGUGAGAGCAGCUCUUGAGCAGUCCGAGUUCUUCAAGGCGCAUGAGGUAGUAGGCAGCUCCCUACUUUUUGUGCAUGACAAAACAGGGCUUGCCCGGGUCUGGAUGAUCGACUUUGGCAAGACAGUGCCACUGCCUGAGAAACAGACACUGACCCACCGGCUGCCUUGGGUGGAAGGCAACCAUGAAGAUGGCUACUUGUGGGGCUUGGAAAACCUCAUGGCAAUCUUGCAGAGCAUGCUGGGAAAGCAAGCCAGCCCCCUGGACACGAGCCCGACGUAACCAGUGGAGCGAUGCACUGCCAGCUUAGUCCCGACAACUGCCUUAGUUCUCAUUCAGUCAGAUGUGCUAAAAAACCCAGGGAAGGGCUGGAAGAGGGCUGGAAAAACACGCUGCAGGUACCCAGAGAACCUGAUGUAUGCAGUGGCAUUCCAGAUGCACAGCAGUCACUCUGUAUGGGAGUGAGGAAGGCCGGAGGUCCCCAGAACAGAGUUGGGGUCCUAGCGUGUCCCUCAGAAGCUGGGGUGUGGCAGUCAGAAUGCCCUGGCAACAAAGCUCACUACGAGAAGAGAGCAAAGCAACAAUUCUUGAGCGGAGGAAACAGUACCAGUGGUGACAUUUGUUCUUAAAUGAGGCGCUUCUCAAGCACCCAUCAAAUCAGCCAGUUGCGAGGACCCCCAGACAGGGCAGCACCUGGAACCUAUUCAUGUGUCUUGGGCAUCGUCAGGCAACCAGUUUUAUGGUGCUGGGCUUGACAGCCUUUUAACAAGCAGAGCCCUCUCGGGCAUACCUCCCUGCUUGAAAAAGCAGCUCGGCUGAAUCCCCACUGGGGAAGAUAAGAACUUCCCAGUUCACAUGCUAGUGGUUUGUUUUUUUUAAAAAAAAAUAGGGAAGUAAAUGUGUACAGAAAGAUUAUGAUGGAAGUCAUGCUUUUUAAUCUUUCUUCAAACCUGAAUGCUGGAUGACCGUACAGAUCGGUACUGUCUCUGUGCUAGAAUGCUUCAAGUGGAUUGCUAGGAAGCAACAUCUUUAU